AUGGACGCAAAACCUGUCGCUCCAGAAGAGAUCAAGGAAGGCGAUGUAGAGGUCAAGGCAACGGAUAGCAAUGCUGCUGCAGCUGGGGCCCCAAAGCCGGCCGCAACAACCGAAGACGUGCCUGAUCCGGAUGAGGAUGACCUAGACGACUUGGAUGACAUGCUAGAUGAAUUUUCAACCGUCAAACUUGAGGAUGGGGCCAACAAGCCUACUGAGUCUAGCAGUGCCGGCCCUUCAACUUCAACACCCAAGCAGGGUGAUGCGGCUCCUAAGGAAUCCCCAGCUGCUGAAGAAGAGCCAUUCUCAGAAGAAGAUUUCGCCAAACAGCUUCAAGCUGGCAUGGCUGACCUGCUAGGUGAACUGGAGCAAUCGCCGGAAAUGCAGCAGCAGUUUGAGGAUAUGUUCAAGCAAAUGGCUGCUGCUUCAGGGGAUGCAGCGCCAGGAACAGGGGCAGCGGGCUCCUCUUCUGCCAAGGCCGGAGCCCCAGGCACUGCCUCUGAAGCACCCUUCCAAGAGACAAUCCGCCGGACCAUGGAACGAAUGCAGGCAUCUGGGGACCAGGCUACAGCCGCCGCAGCUACUAGUAGCGGUGACGAUUUCAUGUCUGAGCUGCUGAAGCAAAUGUCCUCUGGAGACCUCAACGGCGAAGGCAGUGAGGAAGAAUUCUCCAAGAUGCUCAUGGGCAUGAUGGAGCAACUGACCAACAAGGACAUUUUGUUCGAACCCAUGAAGGAGCUCGACGACAAAUUUCCAGAGUGGUUCGAGAAGAAUAAGUCCUCGACCCCAGCAGAAGAUCUCAAGCGAUAUGAAGAGCAAAGGGUUCUUGUUCGAGAGAUUGUAGCCAAAUUUGAGGAGAGCAGCUACUCCGACAGCAACGCCUCCGACCGUGAGUAUAUUGUCGAUAGAAUGCAGAAGAUGCAAGCCGCUGGCUCACCGCCGUCAGACUUGGUAGGAGACAUGGCAUCAGCACAAGAAGCAUUCGGAGGAGCAGAUGAUCAAUGCAAUCCACAAUAG